UUCCGCUCCGGGAAAGCGCAGCUGCCACCAUUUCUUUCGGCUUGGGAGUUCAUUUUCCCAGGAGCAUCGUUUUGACUGGAUUCCCCAGGGAAGACACCCAGGAGCGAUGGCGUGGCCUUUCUGUCCGGAGACAGCUCCUUCCGAGGUUUGACUGAUCUGUUUCUGUAGGAAGCACUGAGUCACCCCGCGCUAGUGCCUCGGAAUGUCCACUGCAGUUUAUACAGGAAGCGUGAGACGGACACAGUCAUUCUGUCCCACCGCAUCGUUUUCGUCGCCCGUCCUGAAUCCGGAAAGGGGGGAAAGCAAGGACUUCCUGGCUCCUCAGAGCAUAGCCGCAGUUAUGCCUUCUCAGGACUCUGAGUUUCCCCAGAAGGAACAUGAGAAAAUGACCGAGUCUCAGGAGGCCGUGACCUUCAAGGAUGUGGCUGUGGUCUUCACUGAGGAGGAGCUGGGAUUGCUGGACUCGGCCCAGAGGAAGCUGUACCAGGAUGUGAUGGUGGAGAACUUCCGGAACUUGGUCUCAGUCGGACAUGUUCCCUUCAAAGCAGAUAUGGUAUCCCAGUUGGAGACAGAAGGAAAACUGUGGACAGUGGAGAGGGAAACCCAAAGAAAUGGGCAUUCCAGUGAGAUCCACUCAGCUGUUACUUCAGGCAACAAGAACCCAAAUGAGAUGGAGACUCUUGGGAAAGUCAUGUUAAAAUACCUCUCGUGUGAAGAGCUGUCCUGCUGGCAAAUCUGGAAACAGGCCACAAAUGAUUUAACUCUGCAAAGGAAGAAUUCCUGGUUCCUGCAAGGUGAUUCUCUUCAGGUUUCUGAAGAUGAGAACCAUAUAAUGAAUCAUAAAGGAGAUCACUUCGGUUGCCUUGAGAAUCAGGAGUUGUUGAUUCCGAGAGCCCAGGCUUCCUGUGGGAGUAGGUGUCUGACCGAGUCAGAGAAUCCGAGCAGAAGUAAACAGAUGAACGUGAAAAAUCACCUGUAUGUAUGUGAAGGCUUCACAAAGAAUUCACCACUGAGCGAUCCUGGUAAAACUGAUGCAGAACAGACACCCUGCAAAGGAGAGAGACUGCGUCCCUGUAGAGUGUGUGGGGAGGGCUUCAGUCAUGGCGCGGUGCUCCCAGUUCAUCAGAAGGUUGACCCUGGAGAAAAAUGCUCCCAUCUGCAGACUCAUCAGAGAAUUCACCCAGGAGGGACUGUCAAUAAAUGUCCUGAAUCCAGCAGUGGUUUUUAUCGGAACUCCUUUCACCGCCAUCACUCUAACCCUGCAGGAGAGAAGUCCUACAGGUGUGACAGUUGUGGCAAGGCCUUUGGCAGCAGCACAGGCCUCAUCAUCCAUUACCGGACGCACACAGGGGAGAAACCUUACAGAUGCGAGGAGUGCGGUAAAUGCUUCAGCCAGAGUUCCAAUUUUCAGUGCCAUCAGAGGGUCCACACGGAAGAGAAGCCCUACAAGUGUGAAGAGUGCGGGAAGGGCUUCGGCUGGAGCGUCAACCUCCGUGUUCACCAGCGGGUCCACAGGGGCGAGAAACCCUACAAGUGUGAGGAGUGCGGGAAGGGCUUCACGCAGGCCGCCCAUUACCACAUACACCAGAGGGUCCACACCGGGGAGAAGCCCUACAAGUGCGACGUCUGCGGCAAGGGGUUCAGUCACAACUCGCCUCUGAUUUGCCACCGGCGGGUCCACACCGGCGAGAAGCCCUACCGGUGCGAGGCCUGCGGUAAAGGCUUCACCCGCAACACGGACCUCCACAUCCACUUCCGCGUCCAUACAGGGGAGAAGCCCUACACCUGCAAGGAGUGUGGGAAGGGCUUCAGUCAGGCUUCAAAUCUCCAGGUCCACCAGAACGUCCACACCGGGGAGAAGCGGUUCAAGUGUGAGACGUGCGGGAAGGGCUUCAGCCAGUCGUCCAAGCUCCAGACCCACCAGCGAGUCCAUACUGGGGAGAAGCCCUACAGGUGCGACGUGUGCGGCAAGGACUUCAGUUACAGUUCCAACCUGAAGCUGCACCAGGUCAUUCACACCGGAGAGAAACCAUACACCUGCGAGGCGUGCGGCAAGGGCUUCAGCUGGAGGUCCAACCUUCAUGCCCAUCAGCGAGUCCACUCUGGAGAGAAGCCCUACAAAUGUGAGGCGUGUGACAAGAGCUUCAGUCAGGCCAUAGACUUCCGGGUCCAUCAGCGGGUCCACACGGGCGAGAAACCCUACAAGUGUGGUGUCUGCGGGAAGGGCUUCAGCCAGUCCUCGGGUCUUCAGUCCCAUCAGAGGGUCCACACCGGGGAGAAGCCCUACAAAUGCGACGUGUGUGGGAAGGGCUUCCGAUACAGUUCCCAGUUUAUUUAUCACCAGAGGGGCCACACCGGCGAAAAGCCUUACAAGUGUGAGGAGUGUGGGAAAGGCUUCGGGCGGAGCCUGAACCUUCGCCACCACCAGAGGGUCCACACAGGAGAGAAACCCCACAAGUGUGAGGAGUGUGGGAAGGCCUUCAGCCUCCCCUCCAACCUUCGAGUCCACCUGAGUGUCCACACCCGGGAGAAACUGUUUAAAUGCGAGGAGUGUGGGAAGGGCUUCAGUCAGAGUUCUCGGCUUCAAGCCCACCAGAGGGUCCACACAGGAGAAAAACCCUACAAGUGCAACGUAUGCGUGCAAAUUGUUGUUAACGGAUGUUGGAGGAUAUCCAGAAAACAUUCACCUGGAGAAACAAAGCAUGGGAUUUUUGUGUGAUCUCAUUAAAAAGGAAAGGAAAAAUAUGGAGAAAUAUUUGUGACAACAUGAAUGAAACUGUAGGACAUAAACUAAAUGAAACAAGACAGAAAGACACUGCAUGGUAUCAUUUUAUCUUACAUGUGGAAUCUAAAGGGGAAAAAGUGUCAAACUUACUAGAGACAGUGAGUAUAAUGGUGAUGGCUGUCUGGGAAUGGGGAGAGGUUAUAAAAAGGAUACAAACUUUCAGCUUUAAGAUGAGUAAGAUCUAAGGAUCUAAUCUAUAGCUUGGUGACUAUAGUUGAUAAUGCAGUAUUGUAUAGUUGAAAUUUGCUAAGAAUAGAUAUUAAAGGGUCUCCCUUUCUGCCCCCCAAAAGAGUUAGCCUUUGAUGGUGUGUUAAGUAAUUCAUUUGUGGGAAUCCUUUCACAAUAUAUAUCAAUUCAUCAUAUAUACUAAAAUUUUCCUUAGCAGUUAUACCUCAUGAAGUUGAAAAAAAGGAGUUGAAUUUGUUACGGUUAUCUGAGCAGGAUACCCCACUUUAACACCAACUUUUUGAAUAAUCAUCAUGGCUCAAUGAUUUAGACCAACCUGGAGAAAAAACAUUCUGUAGUAUUUAUGAUGGUUUUAUUUCUUACAAUGAUUUUACAAGUUGAAGGUUUGUGGUAAACCUGUGUCAAGCAAGUCUUCUGGUACCAUUUUUCCAACAGGAUUUUAAAAUUAAGGUACAUACAUUUUUUAAUAUUAAUCGUAUACCUUGACUACUAUAGUGUAAUCAUAAUAUAUACACUGGGAAACUAGAACAUUCAUGGGGCUCACGUUAUUUCAUAAUUUGCUCUAUUGCAGUGGUCUGGAAUCUGACCUAAAAUAUCACUGAGGUAUGCCUGUAUUCUAGGCCGUUCUUUUUCUUUUCUUUCUUUUCUAUUUCCUUCCCUUCUUGCUAUCGCAUUUUCCUUUAUUUGCUAGAAACUCCAGCUUUCAAAAGGAGCAAUUAAAACCAACAAAAGUGGGAAACUUUUGUUAUUUGUUUUGUGGCUUGAUCAAAGGUUACUUUUCCUUCUGAUGAGUCUUUAACAUAUUGGAAUGACUAGGUCAUGCCAAGUAAACAUUGUCAGUGGUCUAAAUGCAUCCAGGUACAAAAGCAAUAAACCAAGUUUGGGAUUCUCUCCGCCCUUCCUUUCUCAGGCUGCCACACUUACUUUUCAGUCACACUUAUUAGUAAUGUAAUGAAAACAACAACACCCAAAACCCUCCAGAAGACAGGAAGGAAACGGAAGAUUAAGCUAAAACAGCACCUCGGUGAACUGAACGAGCUUUAUUUUUCAAAGUUUCACUACUUUUGCCGAGGAUUCUGGGAAGUGUAGUCCAGUGCGCCAGGUAUCAGCGCCACUUCCGUCCCCGAGGAUGAGGGGCCGUAGCCCUUGUUCUGGUGGGGGGUUCUGGGAAUUGUAGUCCGAGAGCAGCGUGCAGUCCGGGCACUUCCGCUAUAGGCGUGAGAGGCUUCAGUGUCUCCUGAGAGGUGAGUCAGUACUUAGAGUUUGGGUGUCUUCUGAUCCUGUCUGGAUGUGGAGUAUGCAGCUGUCACCCUCGCCCUCACCCUCGGGAAACAAGCAAUGGAGGGCAGGGAUGACGGUUUUUGUGUCUGGCGUUUGGCGAGGUUCUCGUUCCCUGGUUGGGGGUGAGGCGGGGUAGCGCUCUCCGAGUUUGAGAGUCUCUCGGCCCCUCGGUUUUCCUCGCCUCCCCUACCUUAUGCACACUCUGCCAUCUCUUAGGGAUAUACUCUUCGUAGAAUUAUCAGAUUGCUCCUGUUCACUUCUGUAAAGAGGAGUUAAUAGUGGUACCUCCUUAGUAGGCAUGUGAUGAGAUUCACGUGAAGCAAGUGUGAAACUGCUUAGAACCGAUCGCUGGCAGCGGCUAAAAGCGGUCGAUUGUCCAGUUUCUUCUUCCCGCGAUGCUUUCAGUCCUUGAAAGCCUGUGUGAGCCCCGGGUGUUCUGAGCUCCAACUGCAGAGCCACUGGCUCUUCUCUAACCUCUGCAGAAAGAGGGGUUUUCCGUGGAUUCCUUUGACAUCCACAGCCCCGACCUUUUUUAAAGGAAGAAGGGAGUCUCACCCCUAGCCGGUACCUGGGGAUGUCCGCUGUAAGUUAUCCUGGGCCUGAGACACACAACUGUGUCUUCAUUCUUCCAUAUCUUCCUAUCUUUCCAUUCCUGACCCUGAUUUCUCAAAGAGGACUCACAGAGAGGAGAGAGUGAGUGACCCAGGAAUCCUGGUACAUUGUCCCAACGUGAGGGAAUUUUAUCUUGCCGUGUCAUUUCUGCCAAGCUGGCAAUAAGUUUCCUUCACUCUUGAGCAGGAUUUUUCUACGGGACAGAUGUUCCAAUGUUUAUGGAAUAAAUGGGAGGUUGGAUGAGACCUGUUGAAGAAUGAGUAAUAAUAAUCUGUUAACAUAGUGAAUGCCAGAUACUCUUCUACAGGCUUUAUAUGCAAUGUGAAGUGAAGUGAAAGUUGCUCAGUCAUGUC